AUGAUGAUGCAGCGAUCAGUUGACAACAGUGAGAUGCCAGCUCAAGUGUUUAUGUCGCCUUAUUGGUCUUGUGAGGUGAAUCCGCAAGUGGAUGGGGAUUUCUUAGACGAACUUAUCUACCUCUGGCCCUACAGUCGAAGGCUAAUGAGUCCGCUUCCUGAGGGCGAGGAGGAGGAUGAAGACAGCAGUGAAGCAGAGCUAAAAGAAGUGUCGGGACCGAGUAAAGAUGUAAUCACACCAUUCGAUUGGAGUGCCGCUUCUGCUCGUAUUGAUAAGAUCCUCCCGACUGAAAGUGAGGAAUCGCCACGUCUUCCGGGCAUGACAACUGUUAUCCUUAGCCAGGAGAUAUUGACUCCUAGGAUGGAAACCACCGACACCUAUCACAAAGACGCGAACUCUCUCCCCAAAGGCAGCAUUGAGUCUGUGGUUGAGAAACCCGUAACUUCCUCUCUAAGGUGUGACACCGUUGUGGUUCACUUUCUUGCAUAA